AUGAGGAAAACGUGUCAAGUGUGCAAACGUAAAUUGUACCAAUAUGUGUGUCCUUCGUGCGAAAUUGUUUACUGCAGUCUUGAGUGUUAUAAAAGACAUAAUGAUAAAUGUGUGAACAUUUUUCUGGACAACCAAGUUAAGCAGAGUAUUAAAAAUAAUCAGUUAACAGAUUUAGAGAAAAAGGAAUUUAAAUUCAAGUUAAAAAAGCUUUACGACAAAAAUGUGGACACACUCAAUUCGGACAUAGGUGAAGCAUGGGAUGAACCCGAGGUUGAGUCGGAUGAGAGAGAAGGCGACAAAAAGGGAGAUGAUGAAGACGAGGUUGAAUUAGACGAGAGAGAAGGUAAUGAAGAGGAAGACGAGGAAGAGGUGGGCGAGAAUGAAUCUGAACGUGUGGCAGAUGAAGAUGGACCCAAAGGGAAGAACCAGAAUCACUUAAAAAAGUGGUGCAUAAGCAACAGAAGGUAUAAGGUUCUGACUGAACUAGCCAAAAGUGACCAACUGAAACUAGAAAGUCUUACGAAAACUGAACAGAAGCAAUUCUUUUCAUUCUUAAAAAGUAAUGAUAUGAAUUUAUAUUUCGCAAAGUUUGAACCUUGGUGGUUAAAUUGUGUAAUAAAAAAAAUGAAAACACCCGAACACAUAUGUUGUGGUAAGAAUGUCAGCGAAAAUGUUAUAUAUAUAAUUAUCGAGAUUUUAUAUACCUAUUGUUAUUUAUUACGUAUUUUUAAUAAAAGUAUGGACAAUAAAGAAUUAUGUCAUUGUUUUCUUUAUUUAUCUAGUUCGUUAAACAGAUUUAAUCUUCCAGAAUCCAAUGUAUACAACACUAUUCACAAUUUAUUUCAAAGGAUACUAGAAAAUGAUGAAUUGGCAAGAGAGAAAAAAAUUCUAUACAAUGUUAUAACGGACAUAACAACUAUUUUAAAUUUAAAAGAUCUAUUUCUUAGAUGUUUAUAUGAAACAAAGAAAUUUUUUAAAAAAGAAAUUAAAAAAAUGAAUUCCAAAAAAGAGAAAAUGGAUGACAAUUCCAAGAGUAUUAAAAAACAUAUUGCACUUUUACAGGAACAAAAAAACUUCAAAUAUGUAAAUAAAAAAAUAACCUUUCUCUACAGUUAUGCCAAUUAUCAUUAUGACAAUUUUGUACCUAUUAUGAAACAGCUUUCUCGAUUCUACAAUGAACACACAAAAGAGAAGAAUUCUCUUGUUUCUAAUGAGAAGAGGGAAAUUGUGUUCUCAAAGGAGAACCUCUAA